AUCGUCAUCGUCAUCUGAGAGAGAACGUCACAGAGGCUCGAUUUCUUAGUUCUUACGAACGGAGAUAACAGUAGAAGCGAUUCAGGCGAUGAAAGCUUUUCUAAAUCCAGAAUCUUCCUUCUCUCUAUCGUCGAUCUCUUCUUCACAGAUCAACAACAGGUCUCUAAACUUCAACGGACUGAGUUCUUCAUGUCUCCGGUUUCCUUUAACCGAUUACGGUGGCCGUACAAGGUGGCGGAAGGUAACUGGUGGGUUGAGUAUAAAGGCGGUGUUGGAUUCCGCAAUGAUGGAGCAGUUGGGACUUAAACAAUCUGAUAUUAAGAACCCGGCGUUAUCUUCCACUUACCGGGGAUCAGCGAUUCCGAAGCCAAACCCUACAGUUCUUGAUGCUCAAGCUAGGGUUUGUACAGGGCCGACUCAGACUAGACCCCUUAGUGAAGAACAGGCUUUUAAGGUGUUUGAUACUAUAUUAAGAUCAGCUAGAGGGGAGCUAAAGGAUGAAGAACCUGUUUCAAAGGCGCAACUUGGGGCAUUUUUUGCUGGGAUGACAAUCCGUGCAAAUGCAUUUCCGGAGGAAACUCAAUGGAGCGAAGGGGAAAAGCGUGCAAUGGAUGUGUUUUGGCCACUCCUGGUUAGGGCACUACCUCCUGAUGUGCUCUUUAUUGCUGAUCCUGAAGGCUCUCUUUUGGGUACGGGAAAUUCGGUUGGACCAACUUUUGUUGGUAACGAAACUCGUGAGAUGAGAUUGGUUGGUGCGCUAAGAGAGAUUUUGGCUGGAGGUCACCUUGGUUAUGAAGAGGUUAAGGGUGUUUUAAGAGACGUUCUUCCGCUUGAAACAGAUGGUAGCUUAAACUCGGGAGUUAGUGAGUCAUUGCUUUCGGCGUUUUUGAUUGGCCAACGCAUGAACAGAGAAACAGAUCGAGAGCUUAAAGCUUACUGUCUAGCAUUCGAUGACGAACAUGGGGCUCCUCCAGUUGCUAAUGUCAAAUCCUUAACCCAUUAUGGCGAGCCUUAUGAUGGGAAUACUCGAUUCUUUCGAAGCACUCUGUUUGUGGCUACAGUUAGAUCCUGCUAUGGUGAAUCUUCACUACUCCAUGGUGUGGAAUGGAUGCCUCCAAAAGCGGGUAUAACUGAGGAACAAAUACUGAAGUUUAUGGGAGCAAAUACAAGCUUGUCUGUUCAGCAGGCAAAAGAACUCAUCGAGGACGAGAAGGCUGGAUUUGCAUAUCUCAGUCUACGGGAAGCUCGGCCGUCUUUAUAUUCGCUAAUCGAAAUGAGGGAGCAUAUAAAGAAACGCCCUCCUCUGGCUACAACGGAAAAAGUUCAACAAUUUGUGAGGGCGACAGGAAAGGAAUCAAUUGUGGCUGGGUUUUACCACGAAGGCUACGAAGAACCUCUCUUAAUGCUUAUGAGACGAAGAGGUGUCCAUUCUGGUUUGGUUGUUAAGGGCGAGGAGGGGGCUCUCUCAAUGACAACACGUGUGCGAGCAGCAAGUGCAUCAAAAGGGUUCCCAGUUAAUUACUGUUCUGGGUUUCGUUCAUCGAGUUCAGACACAGCUCUAGAAGCUGACGGAGUGUCGCGUCAGAGUUUCAAUCUUGAGGUGGAUGCAAGAGACUAUGGGUUUGAACCAACCGAGACUCCACGAACUGAUCGUUCGGUGUCAAAGAACAUAGAGCUGGGUUUGGCAGCGCUUCGUGGUGAGAAAGGUGCGGCUUAUGAUAGAAUCGUCCUAAAUGCUGGGAUUGUGGAUCAUUUGUUGGGAAGUGAAGGUGCAGAAGAUGUAGCUGUAGCAAUGGAGAGAGCAAAGGAAGCUAUUGACAGUGGAAAGGCUCUAAAGAAACUUUUGAAUUACAUAGAGAUCUCACGCAAGAUGAAAUAGCUCCAACAAUGUGGAGAGUCUGACAAAUCAUACACGGAAUAGAGAAAAAGCACACACCUUUCUGAUUCUUUUUUUGUUUUUGUUAUGUUGUAUUGUUGAGUUGUUGAAAACUGAGUGUUUUUUACAGAGUGGAACACACAACACAAUGCUUGUGGGGCUUUUCUAUGGAGGGCUAGUUAAAUUGUACAGAGUCUGGAGAACAAAUGUUUGUUAUUUGUAUUUGUAUUUGUGAUUUAUGAUUAUGUUCUUAAGCCUCUUGCGCA